CUCUAUUUUGAUCUAAUCCUGUUACAGAUUUAAAGCACUGGAGGGCAAUCUGGUAGUUCAAGGUCACGCUCGGCAUGUUCUCAUUUUUCCUGUCAAGUUAGGGAGCUGUUUCUUUUUCCAUUCUUUAGUAUUCUAAAUAAUAAAUAAAACACUUGUUCUAAAAGCUUUCAAGCCAUACUUUAUUCUUGGAACCACUUACUGUGCCUUCAGAUCACAUUCAAUAUAUUUUCGGAACAGAUGUCAUCGUUACAGUAUCUGGCAUUAGCUUACAUGUUAAAUCCCUGGUCAAGCGCUUAUUGACUACUUUGACGAUCCUGAAUUUAAAUGGAUUUAACAUUUCCAAGUCAUACAUUCUAUGGUGUUGAGUUCCCGGCAGUGGUAAAUAAUGUAGAGACUGCUAUUGAAAUGCUUGGUGGACUCAGUCAAAUAUCUGAGGUAUUCGCUGACGAAAAACGUCGUUUAAAUCUCUCUUUUCGUCCGCAUAUGGUGUAUUCAAAGCCUGCUUGUGGAGAUGGUCGUUCGUCCAACUCAUUUAUUAUACGUAUUCAACGUCUUAGGAACAAGGUAACAGGCGAGCUCAAAUUAGUUCCUGUUAUUCUGGGACGCGUAACUCGGGUUUAUAAAUUCGAUGCGAUGGCUGAUUUUCAGUUCGGUCCAUUUGAGCGUGUUCCGACUACAGAUACAAGUGAAGCAUCCAAAGUCAUUCCACCUAAUUACAAAAUAUUCUACAAUGAUCUCAUAAUCAAGGAUCCAACAACAAUGAUUGAUUCUUAUUUAUCUCGUGAUAUGCCAUUGUAUCUCCCACCGGUCCUAUUUAGUCGCCAAGAUACUCCAAGUUUUUAUAAUUUUGCCCCUCGUUAUCGCACGACUGAGUACAUUCAACUUGAAGAAAAGAGUCAUAAAAUGCCAGUUUCAAGAAAGGCCCGACCGACGUUUGGAUAUCUAGUGAACUUGGAUGAUGUAACUCCUACUUCUCCUAGGCCUGGAGCGAUACAACGUGUAAUAAAUCUUGGGCUAUCUGCUAUUCAAGUAAAGGAUGAAAUUCAAAAACUCUUCGAUGAGCGACCGAUUUGGUUGCGUCCAGCAUUGGCUUACCACAUGCCUGGAGAUACUCGAUUGGUCUAUUUUACUCAGAUACUUCCUUCUGUAGCUUACUAUAUGAUUCGUGGACCAUGGAGUCGAGCUUGGAUCCGGUAUGGUUAUGAUCCUCGCAAAGAUCCCGAAGCUCGCCGUUAUCAAGUAAUUGAUUUUCGAGUACAAGCUUAUAUGGUUGUACGUAAAUUAUUAUGUCAUUCUUCAUCGAGGAAACGUAUGCUAUGCACGGAUGCCAAUAAACGAGUCUUAGCGGAUUGUCGUAAAUCUUAUGAAUCAGUACAUUCCAGGGAGGAUAGUUUCUGGGACGAACUUUUGAAUAGCUCGAAGAAAUCUCAAGAAGAUAAUAUCGACUACGAUGGAAAUGAUGAAUUAGAUCCGACUAUUAUAGAUGAUGCUGAGGAUGACGAUGGUGAUGACAGAAUACAAAAAAAUUUAGGCAAGGUUGCAGAUUAUCGUUUUGGACCUAAUAACUGGCCAACUACACAUCAAGUCCGUUAUUGUCUCUCAGAUAUAGAAAUUCCUGAGGUACAAGCGAUGUUAGAAGAAGUACCUGAGCGAACUGAAAUUGACCCAGUAGAUGGCUGGCUCCAACCUGGAGGUAUCAAAAGAAUACGUGAUCUUUUAGGGCAAUAUUUGAAAAAGUGGAUAUCUGAAUCAGACCCAACACAUACAGAUAGUGGUGCUGAGUAAUAAUACUCCAUGUUGCAUUAUCUCUUGCUUUAAUGUAUCAUAAUUUUGCAUUUCGUCCAGAAUUUUUUUGUUUUAUUCAAAAAGUAAUAAUCUUUUCUUUCAUACCGUUAUAACAGUUUUCACUUAACAUUAUGUGCUUGUUUCUAUUUUUCUUCUUUGCAUAGAGUUUUCUUCUUAUCAUCCGUAUACUUUGUUAUACAUUCUAGUUAGGAUAUAUUUUGUCUCUCAGUUCAAUAUCUUUAUUUAGUGGUGUAAUUUCUGAUGGAAAUUUACUUUAUUCGUAUUGCCUUCACAGUUUUUCUCACUGUUCAUUAUUUUUUUUAACUGCAAAGGUUCCUGUGUAAUUUCCACUGUAAAAGAUUAUAGUUAAAUGUGUUUUGUUUAA